AUGAGUGAUUCCGAAGAUUCUGUCCAUAGUUCAGAGGCUUCCGAUGCGGGAACUGAGAGUACAUUUAACCAGCCAAUUCAACAGAAACUAGACCAAAUCAAAAAGAGGAAGCGACAAGAAGCAGAAGACUUUACGGAUGAAGCCUCUGCGGAAGAAGGGGUCAAUCAAGAUUCGGAACAAUCACUGGAAGACAAAUCAGAAUCACAAGGGGAACAGACAACGAAGAGGUUUAUCAUAAAAACAAGACAACAACCAAAAAGGAAAACAGUUGAAGGCGAAGAAGAAACAAGGAAGAGGAAAAAUGUUCAAUCGCGAAAGAGUAAAGGGAAUAAGGCAAUAAAAGGGAAAAAAAGGAAGGAAGAACCAAAAAAGGAGGUCCAAAAAGCUAAAAUUGAAUGGAGGCAGCAGAAGUGCACACUCAGUUCCUUCUGGAGAGUGGUGGACGCACACAAGGAGAGAAUACCAGAAGAAACAAAGGAAAUUUUGAGGGGUACUGAUUUUGGUGAGAUGAUCGUACCAUUCUGGGAAGACAAGAUAACUGAGAACCAGCUCCACAAACAUGAAGCGGACUUGUAG